AUAUAGCCGCGACCGGCUGUACCCCGCCAUUUAAUUCUGAACGCUCGCUCGCGCCGCACGUGUAACUACGAGUAUUAAAUAAAACAAACAAAAUGAGUACUACCGGUGCUUCCUCCGUGCUCCUGUUCAUCCUGAACAUCCUCCACGUGGUGUUCGGCCUCGCCAUCGCCUGUGCAUCCAUCUGGUUCUUCGUAGAAGUCCACAGCGUGACCAGCUUGAGGAAUACCAACCAUUACUUGCUGGAUUACAACGUGUACUGGCCUCAGGCUAUCCCCUGGGUGUUCAUCCUCGUCGGUGUCUUCGUGAUCUGUGUGUCGUGCUGUGGUUUCGUUGGUGCUAAGAAGAGGAGCAAUGGUUUAGUAGUCAUGUACAUUGCUUUCGAGGUCACCGCUAUUGUGGCUUUGGUGGCGGCGGCCGUUGUCGCUCUCACGUUCGCCGACACGAAGUCGACCGACAAAUUCAUUGAAGACGCGAUCUGGGAUGUUUAUACUACGAUGAAGAACGACAGGAACUUGGAGACUUCUUUCGGUAACAUGGAGAAGCGUCUGCAGUGCUGUGGAGCGUCUGGACCUAGAGAUUACAAGAACUGGCGCGAUUCCUUCCCUGUUUCCUGCUGUGACACUUACUACCACGGUUGGAUCGGAUCUUACAACAUCGACUGUGACUUCACCAACAAGCUGGCGAACGAGAGACACGGCUGCACUGAAGUAGCUACCAACUACACCAGAAUUAUCAUCAGAGUCCUGUCAGGAGCAUGCGUGUUCACGGCUUUCAUUGGCUUAAUGAAUGUCAUCGUUGCUGUCACGCUGUCAAAGAGCAUGAAGAGACGACCAAGACCGAUGCCCGUACAACUAGAAUCUGAAAGCAAAAAAGUUUUAUUGUAAGUUAUUGAUAAAUACUGUGUUUGCAAAUGUGUUAGCAGAUUCGACUAGUUUAUCUGUCGUGUCGAAGAGAAAUCGUUGAGUAACCAGUCGAACGUUACGUGUGUGAUAACGCAACACUCGGUGCUUAGUUUAAAUAUUUAUUUCUGCUAGAUGUAAGGACUGUUUCACAUCAGCGGUUUUAGCUUUAACUGUAUGAUUGAACUCCACCGAGUCGAGCUUACGGCUUCUAGUCUAAGAGCCGACUAAUGCAUUUAAUGCGUUUAAUUGAAUCUUCCAGUUGCACGAACAAAGAACUUCAAUGAGUCAAUUUAAGUACCCUUAAUUGAAUUGGAUGUUAGUCAUAUAACUGUCUGUAUGAACUUUAAUAACGACUGACCUUUGUAUUUCUUAAGAUAUUAAGAUACAAGUAGAUAACUGGGAUAUUUUUCACGUGUUUUUGCAGAAAUGUGUGUUAAAAUAUUUCGGAAGCGUAUACUAAGGAUGUUAAUUAGGGAUGACUAGAUAACAGAAAUUAAUGAAUGUUAAUUGACUUUACGAUCUGAUAUCGAAUCUCGUACAAUAACGUAUUGUAGUGUAUACAAAUUGUAUAUUAAUUGUCUAUGAAACUAGUUUGUACAACAUGUUUUGUAUUUUUCUCAUGUUUUUCCUGACAAUAGUCGUUAAGUAGUUAGAAGGAAUAAUGGCAAAUAAUGUUUGUGAAUCCGUCUACUUAACUUUAAUCUUUAUCUUCUUAAAAAUAAGUAUCAAAUUCUAAUGUAUGUUUUAGAUAGGUAUUUUAACUCAAAGAUUAUUACAUGAUUAUAAGAUUUUGUAGCUUUACUGCCUCAGCGGUCUAGUGGUUAUAAGUGCAGCUACGGAUCGUGAGGUCCCGGGUUCGAAUCCCGGGUCGAGAUUUGUCUUGAUGUUUUUUUCUUGAGGAAAAAUUCUAAAUAGCACCUCGAUGUUUUGGACUAUAUAUUUUAUAGGUCAUUGUUUUUAUUGUAUACAAGAGUAAAAUAAAAUGAUAUUAGAUAUAAAUACUUCUAAGUAGAAUGUAGUGAAUGAAUGAUAGAAUGAUGAAUGAAUGAUAAAGUUCUAAGUGAAGCUUAAGAUACAGAAAAACUGACAAAUUCCUGUAAAUAUAAUAUUUAAGAGAAGAAAAAAGCUGUUUCCAAAUGAUGUUAAUGUCUGUUCGAAACCACAGUACCUCAGUUGCGUUAUAGCAACAAAAAUGGCAAUAACAACAUUUGGAAACAGACAAAUUUCAACCUUAUGCACCAAGACAUAAGUCACAAUAUCGUGUAACAAAAUCCUCUUACGUAAUAUUUAUUUUUCUGUCCGUUUAUCACAUCAUCGUGAAUUAUAGAAACUUUAUAAAGUAUGUAUGUGUGUGUGUGUGUGUGUGUGUGUGUACCUGUUGAGAGUAAAGGUCCAAAGAUAAGGCUGGCUGCAAACCUUCGAGCCGGCUUGAAACCCUGAUAGAUUUAAGUUUUGAUAUAAGAAUAAAAUGUUAUUAAAAUAAGAAGCUUUGUGUAUUUGCAUUUUGAUUGAAAUAGACUGGAUGUUUUAUAUAA